AUGCUCCCAACUUCUGACGAUGGAUUUGUGUCGAAGGUAUCCCAUCCUCUCUGUGGAAAUUGUAGAGCCAUCUUCGCCGCAAUUCCGUUCCAUAUUCCUGGCCGAUACGAAGGCGAACACCAUUUGACCGUCCGAGAUCUGGAGGAAUCUGCUGGGAACGAUUGUCAGCUUUGCAUUAUAGCUCUGAAUGGUACCACCCACGAGACCUUGGAAUCGUGGAGAUGCUCCGACCUGAACACCUCCCUUACACCGAUCCGUUGGUCCAUCGCCUUCUCGAAGAAGUGGCCAGAUUUCUUUACCAUACGAUGGACGAAAUCGGACUUCCUCGAUGUACGCCUAUCCUUCGAAGAAACAGAGGAAGGAACAACGCCACCGGCCGCCGGUACUUCCGAUUCCACUGGAUCAGAGGAGGCGUUGACUUGCGCUAGGCGGUGGCUCACAGAUUGUACGAAGACCCAUGAGCAGUGCUGUGCUCGCACUAGCAAAGGCUGGCUUCCCACACGAUUGAUCCAUGUCGGCGGGGAAGCCAAUGCAACUACCCUCCGGCUCUGUAUACGCGCUGAGGUUCCUUCCGAAUCUACGUAUAUGACUCUUAGCCACUGUUGGGGAUCCCCCGCGAAGGACCAGCUCAAGCUACUUCAACACAAUAUCGAGGAGCUGCAACGCCAAAUCCCGUUUGGCAAACUACCCAAGACGUGGGUCGAUGCGAUUACUGUCACCCGUGCAAUGGGGUGCGAGUACCUGUGGAUCGAUUCGCUAUGUAUCAUUCAAGACUCCGUGGACGACUGGCGGAGGGAGUGUUCCAUUAUGGGACUUGUUUACAAGAACGGGUGGUGUAGCAUCGCCGCCAGCGCGGCGAAAAACGGCAGCGAAGGGUGUUUCAUGUCCAGACACCCAACUUGCUUCCAUCCUUUGAUCGUUGAGGUCGAGUCGACGCGAAUGAGUGCGGCAUACUCUUGCUCUGCACGUCGCUUUCAUGUUAACCGACUGGCACAAGACGUGGAGUCGCCGCUCUACCAGAGGGGUUGGGUCAUCCAGGAGUGGUUCCUCGCGCCCCGUAUCCUCUUCUUUGCGCGACAGAUGAUACACUGGGAAUGUGCUAGCGGCGCUGCAUCAGAAGCUCUUCCUACGGUGAACAAGACCAAGUCCGUCCUGUCCUUCGCCACGAAGCUCCGCGCCAGAUAUGAGCGUGCGCCCAUGUCCGUCGAGCGCUGCCUGGAAGAAUGGCAAAAGUUGGUGCAAGUGUAUAUGUCGACGCGCUUGACGAUGGUGCGAGACAAGCUGCCUGCAUUCUCGGGGAUAGCGCGCGAGUUUUACGACCAGCUUGUCGCUGCAUCACCGUCGCCGUGUCCUCGGUAUCUCGCUGGGCUGUGGACUCCUUUGCUGGCCGUCCAGCUCUUGUGGAAAGCAGAAUCUGGCAACCAACAGGGUCAGACUUCUUACAGGGCGCCUUCGUGGUCAUGGGCAUCUGUUGACAAGCCGAUAUCAUCUCCAAUCGAUACUAUCAGCCGAAGGACGACAAAACACACCAUCAUCAGCGUACUUCGUGCUGAGGUGUCAGCCGCCGGCGAAGACCCCUUUCAAGAGGUCAGCAGCGGUUUCAUUCGCGCUGAAGGCUGGCUAUGGAAGAUCUCAAAAGGCGCGAUUCCCCAUCAAGUAGGCAAGUCUUCGAAGCUCAAUCUCCAGCUUACAUUCGACAACGACGGCGUCAAGUCAGCAAAGAAGCCACUCGAUGAGGAUGUAUUUCUUCUACCUGUUCUCGUCGAUCCAGACGAUACCUGUAUGGCCUUGUACGUUUGGGGAAUUUUGCUGAACAAGUAUGGGGAGACGCCAGGCCACUUCAAACGCGUCGGCUUUCUUGCCUUGAAUGAUGGUGGAUCUAAGAGGCUCAAGAUGCGGGAGCGACAAUUCCAUCCGAUAUUUGAGCCCGUUCUGGAGCUCUACGGGCGAUAUUUCCCUUGCAUAGAAUUAGUGAGAGGAGACGAAGAUUGCAUCAGUAGUAGAAGGGACAAGCGAUUUCCGUCAAACGACACCUAUCGACUCGGCUCGCAUCUUUGUACAAUAGAAAUUUUCUGA